AGUAUAAAACGCCUCGCUAAAGCCUGGAGGCAGCGUUUCACUCAGCCCUCCUAAAAGCUGUGCGAUAAUAUCAGUCUUUUUCGCCUUAUUUCAUCCCUCUAUCUCAGCGGCAGGAAACAUGCGUGAGUGUAUCUCGGUGCACGUUGGCCAAGCCGGUGUCCAGAUUGGCAAUGCCUGCUGGGAGCUUUACUGCCUGGAGCACGGGAUCCAGCCGGACGGACAGAUGCUCGGGGACAAGACCAUCGGCGGAGGAGACGACUCCUUCACCACCUUCUUCAGUGAGACCGGUGCUGGGAAGCACAGCCCCAGGGCCAUUUUUGUGGACCUGGAGCCCACUGUCAUCGAUGAGGUGCGCACGGGGACUUACCGCCAGCUGUUCCACCCCGAGCAGCUGAUCACCGGCAAAGAGGACGCUGCCAACAACUACGCCCGCGGACACUAUACCAUCGGCAAAGAGAUCAUCGACAUGGUGCUGGACAGGAUCCGCAAACUGGCGGACCAGUGCACGGGCCUUCAGGGCUUCCUGGUUUUCCACAGCUUCGGCGGUGGCACUGGCUCUGGUUUCACCUCCCUGCUGAUGGAGCGUCUGUCUGUGGACUACGGCAAGAAGUCCAAGCUGGAGUUUUCGGUCUACCCGGCUCCUCAGGUGUCCACGGCCGUGGUGGAGCCGUACAACGCCAUCCUGACCACCCACACCACGCUGGAGCACUCGGACUGUUCCUUCAUGGUGGACAAUGAGGCCAUCUAUGACAUCUGCCGCAGGAACCUGGACAUUGAGCGCCCGUCUUACACCAACCUGAACCGGCUGAUCAGUCAGAUCGUGUCCUCGGUCACCGCCUCCCUUCGUUUCGACGGUGCCCUCAACGUCGACCUGACGGAGUUCCAGACCAACUUGGUGCCAUAUCCCCGUAUCCACUUCCCCCUGGCCACCUACGCACCAGUCAUCUCGGCUGAGAAGGCUUACCACGAGCAGCUCUCGGUGUCCGAAAUCACAAACGCCUGCUUUGAGCCGGCCAAUCAGCUGGUGAAAUGCGACCCUCGCCACGGCAAAUACAUGGCUUGCUGCCUAUUGUAUCGCGGCGACGUGGUGCCCAAAGACGUUAACGCCGCCAUCGCCACAAUCAAGACCAAGCGCUCUAUCCAGUUUGUGGACUGGUGCCCCACUGGUUUCAAGGUGGGCAUCAACUACCAGCCGCCCACUGUGGUUCCUGGCGGAGACCUGGCCAAGGUGCAGCGGGCCGUGUGCAUGCUGAGCAACACCACCGCCAUCGCUGAGGCCUGGGCUCGCCUCGACCACAAGUUCGAUCUGAUGUACGCCAAGCGGGCCUUUGUCCACUGGUACGUGGGCGAGGGGAUGGAGGAGGGCGAGUUCUCGGAGGCCAGAGAAGACAUGGCGGCCCUGGAGAAGGAUUACGAAGAGGUCGGAGCCGAUAGUGUGGGAGAGGAGGAGGAUGACGGAGAGGAGUAUUAAGCAGGCAUCUGUUUGAUAUCAAAAUAAAGCUUUUGUUCACUGCA